CUCACAUUCUGUAUAAAAAUGAAACUUCGCUUACCCAAAACACAAACGCAAGAAAAUGGCUUCUUCAAUCUCUUAUUCAGUGCUUGUUCUCUUCCUUCUACUCUCACCUUCUUUCAUUCUUUCAGUUCCAAUUGGCGACUCUUUUCUCCGUUGUCUAAAACGCAAUUCCAAACUCCAGAUUCCUUUCUCUUCUACAUUUUUCACACCAAACAAUUCCUCAUUCCCUUCAAUCUUGAAUUCCACAGCUCAAAACCUCCGUUACUUAUUACCUUCCGUUCCUAAACCUGAAUUCAUCUUCACCCCGUUAAAGGAAACCCAUAUCCAAGCUGCCGUUAUCUGCUCAAAACAGCUGGGCAUCCACCUUAGAGUGCGUAGCGGUGGCCAUGAUUAUGAAGGUUUAUCUUACGCAACAGAAAUAGACAACCCCUUCUUCGUUAUAGAUCUUUCACGACUCCGUUCUGUCGACGUCAAUAUUGACGAUAACAGUGCAUGGGUUCAAACCGGCGCAACCAUCGGCGAAGUAUAUUACAGAAUUGCAGAAAAAAGCCAAACCCACGGCUUUCCAGCCGGACUUUACACAAGUUUAGGAGUCGGAGGUCAUAUUACGGGGGGCGCAUAUGGUGGAAUGAUGCGAAAGUACGGUCUUGGUGCCGAUAAUGUAAUUGAUGCUCAUAUCAUUGAUGUUAAUGGUAGACUGCUUGAUCGUCAAGCUAUGGGCGAAGAUCUUUUUUGGGCAAUUAGAGGUGGCGCUGGGGGUAGUUUUGGAAUUAUUGUUUCUUGGAAACUACAGUUAGUUCAGGUUCCUUCUACUGUUACAGUUUUUACAGUUACGAGGACUUUAGAACAAAACGGUACUAAAAUUCUUCACCGGUGGACUGAAGUAGCUGACAAACUUGACGAGGAUCUUUUCAUUAGAGUAAUAAUCACACCGUCUAAUGUUGGUAAUCCUGUUGCACGAACUGUAUCGACUUCUUAUCAAGGUUUGUUUCUUGGCGAUGUAAACAGACUAGUGUUUCCUGAAUUGGGUUUAACCAGAAAUGAUUCUACAGAGAUGAGUUGGCUCAAAUUCGGUUUUAUAAUACAGCGGGAUUACCCGACUAAUAACUGCGCCUGAAAGUUUACUGCUAGCAUAAAUCUUUAUUUAAAAAUUACAUUUAAAGCAAAAUCAGAUUUUGUUAAAGAACCAUUUCCUGAAAGGCAGCGUUGGAACGGUCUUUGGAAUAUUUUGGAAGACGAAACUCCAUUGAUGAUAUUGGAUCCUUGAGGGAAGCUGAGUGAGAUUUCAGAAUCUGAAAUUCCAUUUCCUAACAGAAAAGGGAUUUUAUUCAUGAUUCAGUAUGCUUCUAAUUGGCAAGAGGACAGAAAGAGUGAAGCAAAGCAUAUUGAUUGGAUAAAGAAAGCUUUAUAAAUUUAUUGGGCCUUGGGUUGGUAAUAAUCAAGAACUGCCUAUGUUAAUUACAGGGAUCUUGAUUUGGGUAUAAACACCAAGAAUAAUAUUUAGUGUUUACCAGGAAAGCAUAAGCGGUUGGGGGUAUUAAGUAUUUUUUAAAAAAAAUUAUUUAAUAGAUUGGUUCAAGUAAAAACUAAGUAUGAUCCUGAUAACUUUUUUAGGCAUGAACAAAGUUAUUCCACCUUUCCUGUUUCUUAGAGAAGAAAAAGAAAGCCAAGAGAUGCGACUUCAGGACCAGAUUAUGUGUUGUUUAGGGAUUCAAUUGAAAAGGUUUG